UUUUUAUGCUGCUAUUGGAUGGUAAUAGUUCUCUCACAGCUUAUUGGUCUUCUUCUCUUGCUCUAUUUGAUUUGCCUUUUCUGGUGGUAUUUUUUGGAAAGUAUGGCAAUGAAGAAAAAUUCCAGGAAACGGAGCACUGAUUCAGGAAUUGGGAUGGGAAAACUAAGCUUGUCCAGUGAGCAACGAAUGGAGCAAUUACAAUUGCUUUUGAAACAGUAUGAUGAAGAAGGAAGAGAUCGAAUCAAUGAAAUGAAAAACCAGAAGAAAGAUCUGCUGGUCAGUGCAGAGAAGUUGUUUCUUGUCAACUUAUUAAGGAUUCCAUUGUCUACAAGGCAAACUAAGUUGAAGGAUUUACAAGAUGCAAAGAAAGGCAAUUACAUUACUGUUGCAGAUGGGGAAGAAAGUCUCGAUGAUCUAAUAAAGGACCUUAAAGUUUCAAGAAGGCGGAAACGAAAAGUUAAGGCUUCAAAAACUACUGAAGAGCCUGUAAGAUCUGCUGGACACAAACCAGAAGUUUUGACCCCAGCAAAUGGAAAUACAGCCACUUUUCCAAGGGUGCUGAGGACAAAAUCUAAACCUUCCAAUGACUACUGUAACAGGAUUAAUGAAGUGGCUUGCACUUUGCCAAGGACCACUCGUUCCACUAGAAAUAAGGCUGCUUCCCAGAAGACCCCUGUUCCAAAUCGAAAUAGUGGACAGUCUCAUGGUACUUCAACAAAAAGAAUGCCAGUGUUGCCAAAAGUGAGAUCGCAAACCAGCCUACAAAAGCAUAAGAACAGUGACGUAAUUGCAGACCCUAACAAUUUUAUUAACAUUUCUCUAACUGAUGGACAGACUCUAUGUGCCGUUCGCCAAGACUUGCAAGAGAUUGAUGCAAACUUAAUUGAUGCUGGUGCGAUUCAAAGCAUUCACAUGCUGGUGGACCAACUGAAUGAGCUCUGCACAAGGGCUUCUGUAAGUUAACGGGAAGCAGUCCAUUUUAAAAAUCAUCCUUGGUAGGAAAUCGUAAUGUGGCGAGUUUCUCCAAUGAAAAGCACUCUGUUUUAAUGCACCUUUUUUCCAUGUGAUCCAGUAAUGUUUUUUGAUUCAUUAUCAAAGGCAAUGAAUUUGAGUUGCCAUUUUUAUAUAAAUAAACUUCAUGGAAUUUUCUAGAC